CCCUCAAUACUUCCCCUCCCCCCCCUUCUCUUUCUCUCUCUCUCUCUCUCUGCUCUCUUAAGAAGAGCGAGAGGGUCGAGCUGAAGGAAUCGCUUCCAUGGACAGGCACACCUGCAACCUUUGCUUCCGCCGCUUCCCCAAUGGACGGGCUCUCGGGGGGCACAUGCGCUCUCACGUCAUAUCUGCGGCCCCUCCGGUCCCACAGGCGCAGCACCCCGGAAACUCAUCCGCGUCCAUAUCCUCCGACCGACCUGCGGCGGAGCAGGAAGUAGGUGAGGAAGCGGAGGAGGAGGUGGGAGGCUCUUAUGGCCUGCGCAUGAACCCCCGGAAGAGUUUCCGGCUGGUGGAUCCCCAGUUCUCCUCUUCCGUCGCUGCCGUUGAGCUGGCCGGAUCUAGCGACGUCGUCCAGGACCGGGAGAGCGAGACGGAGUCCCCCAAGGAGAACCGACGCCGAUCUAAGCGAUCCCGCCGGGACACCGCGUCGCCGACGGAGCAGCCGGAGGCGGAGCCGGCUAGCUCUGUCUCGGACGCGACUCCCGAGGAGGAUGUCGCGCUCUGCCUCAUGAUGCUGUCCCGCGACUCCUGGGCUACUGCUGCGGCGGAGGAGGAGGCCCGACUGUCGGACGGCUUCGACGAGCAGGAAGAGGAGGAUCGGCGGGCCGCCGCUCGCACCCGGCAACCGCCGAAGAAGGGGCGGAGCCGGUACCAGUGCGGCGCGUGCAAGAAGGUGUUCCGGUCGUACCAAGCCCUCGGUGGCCACCGGGCGAGCCACAAGAAGACCAACGGCUGCGUCCCGGCCGUGGAGCCCCGGAUCUACGGCGAAGCCGACUCCGCCGACGCCAAUGCCGAUGCCAAAGUCCACGAGUGCCCCUUCUGCUUCCGAGUCUUCAGCUCCGGCCAAGCUCUCGGCGGCCACAAGCGGUCGCACUUCACGUCGUCCGCCACUAUGCUCACCGAGAACUCGCCGGUGUCACGCCCUCCCCCGUCAUGCUCGCCGCAGAGCACCUCCCCCCUCGCCUCCGCCGCCACCAAGUUCGGCGGCAGCAUCGGCAUGAUCGAUCUCAACUUUCCGGCGCCGUCGAUGGACGACGUGGAGCUGUCGGCCGUUUCCGAUAUGGAUUUCGUUGCCAACCCACGUCCCAACUGAAUCCACACACUCCACACGCCGAGGCCAUGCAAUCCGAGCGCUCCUUCUAACUCGAGGUAAGACUUGCAGAGACAAAGAAACACAACAUAAGAAACCAAAAAAGAUUUGAAGUAAAUCUUUUCUCAGCGCUGUUACAUAUUGGAGAAAGCUGGCGAUUUGGUGAUCUUAUUCGUAUGCUUCUGUUCUUCUUUGCUUAAGCUGACAUUAGUUCUACCAUUCUUUUUUGUGUUCAAGUUGCAGUUUUGCUUACUGUAGCAACAGCUGAUUGCUAUUGCCAAUUACUGCAGUUUUUCUCUUCACCAUCUCUUUGAUCAUAAACAUGUUUAUUCUUUUUUUGUGUA